UUUGUACCACUCUACAAGAUCCGUUCGGAUAUUUUACGUUUCGGGUCGGAUAACAGGUCGGGUUUUUCGGUUCGGGUUCGGUUCGGAUUUCGGAUUCGAGAUUUUAUGCCCAUGCCUAAUCAUAUAUCAUACGAAACGACGGCGUUUCGCCGUCCCUUUUGUGUUCUUCACUUUAUUAAAGGAAGCGCGAAGCAGAAAACCCUAAACCCCCAAAUCGAGAAAGAGAGAGAGGCAGACCCAAGUGUACAGAUUCACGCAGUUCUUAGCUCGAGAAGAUGAUUAUCCCUGUACGAUGCUUUACAUGCGGAAAGGUGAUUGGAAACAAGUGGGAUGCGUAUCUUGAUCUUCUCCAGCUAGACUACACUGAAGGGGACGCACUUGAUGCGCUCAACUUAGUUAGAUACUGCUGCAGGCGUAUGCUAAUGACGCAUGUUGAUCUGAUUGAGAAGCUUCUCAACUACAACACUUUGGAAAAAUCAGACAACAGUUAGAGGAGGAUGCAAAUCUGCUGAAAGAGGAUUCAACCUUAAAAUAUGUAUGAAAACUCUGUGUUUGGUGUAGAAACUUGAAUCGAUCUGAAUAUUAUGGGGUUUUUGAAGACGCUGGUGUUUUGUCAUAUGUAUGUCAGUGACUCCGUGUGAUUCAGUGUUAUAAUUUUAUGAGCUGAACGAAUUGUUUUCCUUUUGAGUAAUUAAUCUUUCAGUAGAUUCAUGA